AUGGGAUCAGCGCCAGCCUCAACAUCUCCCUCUCCAGCCAAAGCAACCAUCCCCAUGAUCGACCUGAGCGCUUUCCUCUCCGCCGAAGACAGCACAGCAGAGCAACGCCUACAAGCCGCACAGGCCCUAGUAUCCGCCUGCCGCGAGAUCGGGUUCGUGUACAUCGCGAACCAUGGCGUGCCGCAAGCGGAAGUCGAGCGGGCAUUCGCGCUUUCCAAGGCGUUCUACGACCUGCCCGCCGAGCAGAAGAUGAAGGCCCCGCAUCCGCCAGGCUGGAGCGUCCAUCGCGGGUAUUCGUGGCCGGGGCUUGAGAAGGUGUCGAGUGCAUUGAGCGGUGUGGACGAUGAGGGUCUCGUGGCCAGCUUGAGGGAGGUGCAGGACUACAAGGUCGAUGGAACAGCUGACGAGAUACAAAAGGAGAGCUACGAGAUCGGCUCCGAGUCAAACCCGGGCCAACCCAACGUUUGGCUACCGGACGAGAUUCUCCCAGGUUGGCGUGAGUCUAUGACGGCGUUCUACUGGACGUGUUUUCACGCCGGGAAACGCAUCCUGCGUGCCCUCGCACUCGGCAUUGGACUCGACGAGGACGCGCUGCUCAAGUUCCACAGUGGACAUUACAACCAGCUGCGUCUGCUGCAUUAUCCGCCCAUUCCGGCCGGAGCGAUCGAGGACGGCAAGUUUGCGAGGAUGCCUGCGCACACGGACUGGAGUACCGUGACGUUCCUGUUUCAGGACGAUUGUGGAGGGCUGCAGGUUGAGGAUCCGAAGCGGAUGGGCCAGUUUAUCGACGUUGAGCCGAUCCCGGGGACCGUGGUCAUGAAUGUGGGCGAUCUGUUGAUGCGCUGGAGUAACGACUAUCUGAGGUCGACCAUGCAUCGCGUUCGAUUGCCUCCACUACAGGAUCGAUUCUCGGGCGAUGAGAAGAUGACAAGAGCUCGUUACUCAAUACCCUACUUUCUCACCACAGAUCCUGACCUCCUGAUAGAGUGCUUACGGGUUGAUGAACAUCAUCCUCCCAAAUAUGAGCCGAUUACCCAGCGAGACUAUGCAGCGAUGCGAGCAAGAGUGCAAUACUGA